CUUUCCAUCCCUGGUAGGCCUUGGUGCACUGUGUUGAAUCACUUCUUUGCCCUCUCCCAUGAUAAUUUGAAAUCGGUCCCUCUGUGGAGAAGUUUUAAAAGUAGAUUAUUAUGGCUUUUUCGCAACGGGUUUGAUGCCAGAACACAGGUGUCGUGAAAACCACCAGUAACUCAAACCCAAGAUGGGAAACGAAAAGACUCACAUCAACAUCGUCGUCAUCGGACACGUAGACUCCGGCAAGUCCACCACUGCCGGCCACCUGAUCUACAAACGUGGGGGCGUCGACAAGAGAACCAUCGAGAAAUGUGAGAAGGAGGCGGCUGAGAUGGGGAAGGGCCCCUUCAAGUAGGCCUGGGUCUUGGAUAAACUGAAAGCUGAACAGAAGCGGUGGAAAUUCGAGACCGGCAAGUAUGUGACCAUCACUGAUGCCCCAGGGCACAGAGACUUCAUCAAAAACAUCAUCACAGGCACAGCUCAGGCUGCCUGUGCUGUCCUGAUGGCUGCUGCUGGUGGUGGUGGAUUUGAAGCAGGCAUCUCCAAGAACGGGCAGACCCGUGAAAAUGACCCUGCCUACACACUGGGUGUGAAACAGCUGGUUGUUGGUGGUAACCAAAUGGAUUCCACUGCACCCUUCAGCCAGAAAAGAUAUGAGGAAAUUGUUAAAGAAGUCAGCACCUGCAUUAAGAAAAUUGGCUACAACCCUGACACAGUAGCAUCUGUGCCAAUUUCUGGUUGGAAUGGUGACAACAUGCUGGAGCCAAGUGCUAACAUGCCUUGGUUCAAGGGAUGGAAGGUCACCCGUGGAACCACGCUGCUUGAAGCUCUGGAUGGCAUCCUGCCACCAACUCGACCAACUGACAAGCCCCUGCGUCUGCCCCUCCAGGAUGUCUACAAAAUCGGUGGUAUUGGUCCUGUCCCUGUGGGUCGAAUGGAGACUGGUCUUUUCGAACCCGGCAGGUGGUUGGUCACCUUUGCUCCAGUCAACAUUACAACGGAAGGGAAGCCUGUGGAAAUGCACCAUGAAGCUUUGAGAGAAGCUCUUCCUGGGGACAAUGUGGGCUUCAGCGUCAAGAACGUGUCUGUCAAAGAUGUUCGCCGAGGCCAUGUGGCUGGUGACAGCAAAAAGGACCCACCAGGGGAAGGAGCUGGCUUCACAGCUCAGGUGAUUAUCCUGAGCCACCCAGGCCAGAUCAGUGCUGGCUACGCACCUGUGCUGGAUGGUCACACAGCUCAUGCUAGCAAAUUUGCUGAGCUGAAGGAGAAGAUUGAUCGUCGUUCUGGGAAAAAGCUGGAAGACAGCCCCAAGUUUUUGGGAUCUGGUGAUGCUGCCAUCGUUGAUGUGAUUCCUGGCAAGCCCAUGUGUGUUGAGAGCUUCUCUGACUACCUUCCUCUGGGCCGUUUUGCUGUUUGUGACACAAAACAGACAGAUGCUGUGGGUGUUAACAAAGCAGUGGACAAGAAGGCAGCUGGAGCUGGCAAAGUCGCCAAGCCUGCCCAGAAAGCUCAGAAGCUAAAUGAGUAUUAUCCCCAAUACCUGCCACCACCCCGCCUUAAUCAGUGGUGGAAGAACCGUCUCAGGACUGUCCACAUCCUGAGGGUGACAGAUGAGGGAAAGCGGAUUGCUGUUGGCGGAGGCUCCUGCAGGCUGGCCGGGGGCACUGGAGGGGAUGGCCACCAGCCGCCCUGUCCUGAGGGCAGCACCUGGGAAGGUGAGCUGAGGACCAGGUACCGCGUCACAGCCACCCCCAAGCUUGUGAUCCUGAAGCCCAGUGGGGAGGUCAUCACCGACAAAGGGCGCAAGCAGAUCCGGGAGCGGGGCCCGGCCUGCUUCCAAAGCUGGGUGGAGGCCGCCCCCGUCUUUCAGAACUUCUCCGGGUGA